UUCCACGAUUUUACCAGUAUUUUUUUUGCUGUUUUUUUGGUUCAUUAGUGGCAACAGAUUUUAUCUAAAUAAAGCUAACCCAUUUAAUUAGGGUUUUAACCAACCCUCUAAUCCUCGAUCUUGACCUCUGUGGCUUUCGUCUUCAACCCACAAAAGAUCAGAGAAAGAGAAGAGUAAAUGAUUCCUACCUCCCACAUUUCAUUCCCUUUGCAAUGAUUUGAACCAAAAAAGUUGUUUCCUUUGUGAAAUCUGAAGCGCGCCAUGACUGAAGUCCUUCACUUUCCUUCAUCUCCAAGCGCUUCUCCUUCAUCUUCUUCUUCGUCUCCUUCACCUUCUUCUUUAUCUUACGCCUCUCGCUCCAAUGCGUCUCUCUUGAUUAGCUCUGACCAUAACCGGAGAAACCCAGUUCCUGGAUUCGAUCAAGAUGUUGACUUUCAUGGCUCAAUCGAAGAACAAGAUUUGAGAAGAAGAAGGAGCGAUAAUGUCGGAGAAGAAGACGAUGGUGGGGAAGAUCAGAUUUCGUUGUUGGCUCUUCUUGUCGCUAUUUUCAGGAGAUCUUUGAUUUCUUGUAAGAGUAAUCGGAGAGAGCUCUGUAGCAUGGAGAUUGGAUGGCCUACCAAUGUCCGACACGUGGCGCACGUUACCUUUGAUCGUUUCAAUGGCUUCUUGGGUUUGCCUGUUGAAUUCGAGCCUGAGGUUCCAAGAAGAGCUCCAAGCGCCAGUGCAACAGUCUUUGGGGUAUCAACCGAAUCAAUGCAAUUAUCAUAUGAUUCAAGAGGCAAUUGUGUACCAACCAUACUCUUGUUGAUGCAAAACUGUUUAUACAGUCAAGGAGGCUUGCAGGCAGAGGGCAUUUUUAGACUCACUGCUGAGAAUAGUGAGGAAGAGGCGGUUAGGGAACAACUAAACCGAGGAUUUAUACCUGAGAGAAUUGAUGUUCACUGUUUGGCAGGGCUUAUCAAGGCAUGGUUUAGAGAACUGCCUACAAGCGUUCUUGAUUCAUUGUCGCCUGAACAGGUGAUGCAGUGUCAAACAGAAGAGGAAAAUGUCGAGCUCGUUAGGCUUCUUCCACCUACAGAAGCUGCUCUGCUUGAUUGGGCCAUCAAUCUAAUGGCAGAUGUUGUUCAGUAUGAACAUCUUAACAAGAUGAAUUCACGCAACAUCGCUAUGGUUUUCGCACCUAAUAUGACACAGAUGGAUGAUCCAUUAACAGCUUUGAUGUAUGCUGUUCAAGUGAUGAACUUCCUCAAGACACUAAUCGAAAAAACUCUAAGGGAAAGGCAAGACUCAGUGGUCGAGCAAGCUCAUGUAUUCCCUUUACAACCUUCUGAUGAGAGCGGUCACCAAAGCCCUUCACAGUCUUUGGCUUUUAACACCAUUGAACAGAGUGAAGAGACGCAAUCAGACAACAUCGAAAAUGCUGAAAAUCAGAGUUCAAGCAGUGAGAUAUCAGACGAAUUAACCCUAGAGAACAAUGCAUGUGAACAGAGAGAAUCAGACUCUGGAAAAUGCAGGACCAGGGGAUUGAGCGACUCAGGUCUACAGUUGCUGACUCUGGCUCCUCCAGCUCAGUGGCCUGUGGGCAGAACAAAGGGAUUGACCAACUUGAGCCGUGUAGGAUCUAGGGUAGAGCGUACUGAAGCUUGGCGGUGAAGAUACUGGAGCAGUGAAUCCCUUGAGGAGACUUGAGCUGUUCUUCAAAAUCAAAUGUUCCUUGAUUC